AUGAGCAGCCCGCGCCAAGACCAGGACGAGCAGAAGCAGGAGGAGAAGCCCGUGUUCCGCACGCUCACGCCCAACGAGCAGUCGGACCGCGUGCAGUACCGCUCCAUGGCCAUGGCCUCCGCGCCGCCGGCCUUCGGCAUGAUGGGCCAGCGCAGCCCGCUCGAGCAGAUGGGCGGCGCCUUCCCCGCCCCGCUGGCGUUCAACAUGGCGUCCAAGAAGUCGGCAGGCGUCUGCAAGAAGCCCGAGGCCGCGGGCGCCUCGCACUCCUUCGGCAUGCGCGUGGACCGCACCAAGUACGUGAACGUGACGCCGCGCGACCUGCCGCCCGCCCCCUUCCGCCUCGAGAUGCACACCCACUUCCACGUCAAGCUCGAGUCCACGCAGCGCGUGUGUGGCGUCGUGGGCAUCAAGCUCUGCGAGCUGGAUACGGACUUCGAGUUCAAGGCCGACAAGUGCAAGUGGAAGGUCGAGUACCGCCGCAACGGCGGCGCCCAGCGCGUCAGCCUCAACAUCGUCAUCUUCAAGACGAACAAGGAGGAGUACGUCGUCGAGGUGCAGCGUCGCGAGGGCGACGUCACCGCGCUGAUGCACCUGUACCAUGAGCUCAAGAGUCUGUUCCGCCGCAGCCAGCUGCUCAGCGAGAAGACCCCCACGUCGAACGGCGUCAAGCGCGCCGCCCCCAAGCCGCUCCCGAAGCUGCCGCUGUCGCCCGAGAGCAUCCAGGACGGCGUCUCGGCCCUCAAGGGUCUGCUCGAGAGCAAGUACGCCGAUGCGCAGAUGCAGGGCGUGCUUGGUGCCAUCUCCAUGUCAACCAUUGAGGAGACCCGAUCCGGCAUGGCUGGCCUCGUGCCCCAGCUAGUGACGCUGGCUCAGUCCAAGAACUCGAACGUGACGCGGUUAGUGAGCGCUGCCCUCGCACGGCUCUGCGAUCACCCGCAGUGCCGCCAAGCCUUUAUUCAGUCCGAUGGCUGGCAGUUUAUUGUGGACUGCGCCGCUGGUGGCGCUGGUGUGAAGCCCGAGGUGCAGCGAGAGAGUCUCCACGUGGUAGAGACAUUGUGUCCGCUGUACCACGACGAGCUGGCCAAGUCGGAGAACGCCGGACGUGUGCUGGAGCUUGUGCAGGAGUGGCAGAAGAUUGAGGACCCCCGCCUCAAGAAGCACGCAUGCAACGCACACCGCGCCCUGAAGGAGGCUGGAGUCCUCGCGUAA